AUGGACCCCGAAGGGACCCCCUACAUCAACCACCCGAUCGGUGUGGCUCGGAUCCUGACCCACGAGGCGGGAAUCACCGACAUUGCGGUGUUACAGGCGGCCCUGCUCCAUGACACGGUGGAGGACACGGACACCACCCUCGAUGAGCUGGAGCUGCACUUCGGGGCGCAGGUGCGGCGGCUGGUGGAGGAGGUGACGGAUGACAAGACGCUGCCGAAGCUGGAGAGGAAGAGGCUGCAGGUGGAGCAUGCGCCCCACAGCAGCCCGGGGGCCAAGCUGGUGAAGCUGGCGGACAAGCUGUACAACCUGAGGGACCUGAAUCGCUGCACCCCAGAGGGGUGGUCGGAGCAUCGGGUGCAGGAAUACUUCGAGUGGGCGGCGCAGGUGGGGAAAGGGCUGCAAGGCACCAGCCGGCCGCUGGAAGAGGCGCUGCAGCAGCUGUUCAAGGAGCGGGGGCUGGCGCUGUGAGCGGAGCCCGGAGCCCGGAGCCGUCGGGUGGCGCAGCUUCCAGCCCUGCCCGGGCCGGAGGGGACUCAUUCUCCAGCCUCGGGCGCCUCUCCACCCUCCGUGGUUCACUCCACCAGCGGCCCAGAGCAUUUGCCCCUUCCCACCCUGAAGGCCUCCUGCCAAGUAAGCUGAGCCUGGACUGUGGGGGCCAGGCGCACCCCGUCCACUUCCGAUGCAUUCACUGCCCUUCAGGCCUUGGGUCCGUUUGCCAUUUGCCAGGUGGGAUCUCCGGUCCCUCCGGCCCCUCGGGCUAUACAGACACGCGUUGCAGAGUCAUGAUGGAAAAUAAAGCAUUUCGGGUCGAGUUUGAGCUGCUGCUCCUUCUCCAGGCUCUGGGGUGGGGGACCGGCAGGUGCAAUUCCCGCCCUGAGCCAGGUCCCCCGGGUUGAGGACCUUCGCCUCUCGGCCUGGUUUCCGGUCGGUGAGAAAAGUGGUGAAUUCUCGGGGUUCCAUAGCGUGACGUGCCUGAAGGAGCCUGACAGAUGCCCAGUGAAUGGUGGGCGUCCUCGUUGGGAGAGUCGGGCCAGCGGGCAGGUGUAUUGGAAAGGCGCGCCGCCCGCUCGCUCGCAGCUCUGCCCAGCGCGGAGCGGCCACGGGAUAGGCCCGAGUCGCAGCAUGUCACCUGGUUGCUAAGCGACAGGGAGUUCCGGCUGCUCCGGAAGCGGCCCCUCCCACAUAGCCCGGGGUGGGCGGGACCUGGGAGGCUGCGGUGCUGUGAGUGGCAUGUGCGUGGGGGGCGGGCGUAUGGCAGGAGGAGUGUUUGGUUCUGCGGCGCCGCGGAGACUUAUGAGCCCGUUGGAAAGGGCGUACCUCGGAGACCGGGACAUUGUUAGGUCACAGCCACUCCGUUCUGGGACAGGAUGGCUUUUCACCCCAAGAAGGCCCCGUGCACUCUCUGCAG